ACUUGGAAGUCACUACCAGUUACGGAUAUCCAGUUCAUCAUGCGCUUCGCUCUACUUGCCUUUCUCCUCAUCGGAGUGAUCUUUGCCAUUGUGUCCGCCGGCGGAGGCGGAGGAGGUGGUGGAGGCCAAGGAGGCUGGCAACAGAAGAAUGGAGGAGGCGGCGGUGGUGGCCAAGGAGGCUGGCAGAAGGGCGGCGGUGGCGGAGGAGGUGGCAAGCACGGAGGUGGAAAUGGUGGUGGUGGCAAGCACGGAGGCGGCGGUGGAGGUGGAGGAAAGCACGGAGGCGGCGGUGGCGGUGGAGGUGGAGGAAAGCACGGAGGCGGCGGCUGGUAA